AUGGAUUCAACGGAAGCGACCGCUGCUUCCAGAACCUGGUGCAACUUCGAAACUUCCCGCACCAUUCUCUUCAUUUUCGGCCUGAUUCAAUCAUUCAGCUGCUCGGGAAUCAUAUUUGGUUUCACAGCCAUUGCUAGCGCUCUGAAAAACAUUGGCCAGUACUCUUCUCUAUGCAGCUCCACCAAUUCAACGUCAGGCACGGUACAUUGCGCCAAUCAAGACCUGCGGUUUAGCCUUCUGUAUACCAUCGGAUCAUCUGCGUUGUUCGCUUCCUUCAUCUGCCAUGGCAUAAUUCUCGACCGCAUUGGGCCUAAAAUUGCAUCAUGCACAGGUUUGACCUGCAUAUCUAUCGGGUUUUACAUCUUGUCGUUUAGCGACUCCAACGGCUUCGAUGGAUACCCAGAAGCGUUCGCCUUGAUCGGGCGGGGCCCCGGCGUGCAUCUUUCUCUGUUUCACCUUGCCAACUUAUUCAGAGAGGGGAUCAGAGGGACAAUGAAGAGCUGCCUGGUCGGUGCGUUUGUCAUGAGCGCGAUUCUCUUUCCUCUCGAGGGCUGGUUGCUGGAGGGCGUGCAUGCGAACAGGGAGUACGUCUUCCUCGUGCAUGCCUCCUGGUUGAUGCUUCUCGCCCUUGCUGGAGCAUUUGUCUGGCCCAUCAAACGGUUUCAAGACGGAGACAAGGUCUAUCUAAGGGGGUUUCUUCUGAGAUACACCAUCGUUCCGCACAGCAGCAUUGUCGAAAAUGUCGAGAUGCCCCCACAAGUGACCGAGGACGUCGUUCUCGAAGCAUCCAAGUCUGAAGUCAUCUCUGAGUAUACCUCUAAGUCCGAUGGAACUCAAGGCGAUAUAGACACGCAGACUGAUCUCGGUACUGAAUCCAAUGCUCGUAUCCCCGGGACAGCCUCGAAUUCUUUGGUGAAUGCCCCUCUGUUACGCCAGAUGCGAUCGAAAGAGUACCUGCUGCUCUUCAGCUUUGCUUGUAUUCAUGUCCUACGCUUCAACUUGUACAUUGGCACUUUCAUACAGCAGAUACAGUAUCUUGAAGGAAAAGGCAAUUCUUCACAAACAAAUGUUUAUACUCUGGCACUAACACUUCUUCUACCUUUUGGUGCCUUGUCUAUACCUUUAAUCGGGCGUAUAAUUGACCGAUACAGCCUUUGGCACGGUUUCAUAUUUUGCAAUAUGCUGGGAAUGGGCUACGGUAUUACAAAUGUCGUGCCUGUGCUUCAGGUGCAGUUUUUGUCCAUCAUCUUCAUCAGCCUUCACCGUAUGGUCCUCUUUGCAGUGCUCUACUCUUACACCUCAGCCACGUUCGGGUAUGCCAACUUCGGGUUUCUCUUCGGACUCAUGCAGCUAGUGGCUGCGGUCAUUUCUCUCUUGGUCUAUCCCCUCGCUAGUAUCUCCGACAACCAGCUAGGCGGGAACUACAUGUGUGUCGACCUUGUGAUGCUUGCAAUAAUGAUGCCCUUGUGGUACUUUUGCCCGGGUCAACGACCUCAAGGCACUGCAAGCCUGAACAGGAGCCCGACAAAAAUGCGGGGAUUCAGAAGCAUGUUUGCAAAGCAAGCUACUGCGCUCUUCAUCGGCGGAGCGGCUCUUGCAGGAGGAAGCGUGGCAUGGGCAGAGGGAUACAAGGAUGCGCAUUCGGUAGCGGGAGAAUGGAGGCUGCCUCGACCUCAUUACGAGGUAUUGGUCUCUUCAUGCUUCACCGCCAUCUGUCUGGCAGUUAGUUUGUACCUCUAUGUGCCAAAGCUGCUCGUGCCCAAGAUCGGAACCAUCAUCAAGAACUAUUUCUUCCCUCCGACCUUGAAGCUCCCAGAGUGGGAGGAAGAGAUCGCUUCCAGGCCCGGGUUGAAGUUGCAGGCCCAGGUGAGUCGGUUUGCUCAGAGCAGCACUGAUGGAGCUUUGCUGGUCUGCAUGCCGAGGAUUUACAUCCCGGAAACUCCGUACAGUGAAGAGCAGGAGGAGGAGGACAAGAAGAACCAGAAGGGAUACGAAUCAAGAGACGUGUACUGCACAUGGCACUUUGGGAAGGAUGCGGUGGGCCACCCCGAGAUCGUUCACGGAGGAGCGAUAGCCACCGCCAUCGACGAGUCUUGCGGGCACGCGUUCAUGGCGUUGGGGAGGGGACUUGGCUUCACGGCCUACCUGCAUGUCAACUACAAGAAGCCGACCCCUGCCGGGAUUCCUCUACUGAUCACAGUCAAGCUAAAGAGCAUUGAAGGGCGAAAGGUAACUCUGGACGCUGUUGUCAGCGACGGCAAGCAGACAGAAUUCGCUGACGGAUCGGCUCUGUUUGUGGUUCCAAGAAAGAAGGAGUAGGAAGCAACCUGCUUCUACUCUCUUGUGUUGUGCUCGCUUUUGUACUUUUACGUUUCCUGUGAUCUCGUCACGCGCCCCCCGAAGCGAAAAUGUUCUGCGCCAACCGUCAGAACGACAAAUAAACUCGUUGAACUCUCU